AUGGCGUCUGCAUACAAGUCCGCCAUACGCGCAGCUGACCCGAAUGACUCUGAUGAUAGCAGCACUACUGUUCGCGCAGACUCCUCAGAUUUGUCUGAUGGAGAACAGAAAGCAGCACACAAGGAAUCCUUGUCCGACCUACCACUGGAGCUUAGAAAUCGAGUCUUGAUGUUGACUUCUCGUGGCGUAUCAUAUAGACAUCGUCACCUGCUAACUGAUCUCCACGCUCUCCUCCCCCACACUUACAAGGACACCAAGCUUGAUACAAAAUCAAACAAUAAUUACAACUCGGCUCUCAAUGGACUCGCCGACCUGCACUCUUGCAACUAUAUUUUCUUCUUGGAAGCUCGCAAACACGGUCAGGAUCUCUACCUCUGGCUCGCACAGCCACCAAACGGUCCCACGAUCAAAUUUAGUGUCACCAACCUCCACACCAUGGCCGAGCUCGGAUUUGGAGGAAACUGCUUGAAGGGUGGAAGAGGAAUUGUUGUGUUUGACAAGAGCUUCGACGAGAAUAUCGUGGGACAAGAGCAUCUAUCCCUCAUCCGAGAGAUGUUGCGCGGCGUUUUCUGUGUCCCAUCCAAAGGAGUACGAGGAAUGAAGCCAUUCAUUGAUCGCGUCAUCGGUGUUUAUGGUCUGGACGGAAAGAUCUGGAUCCGAGUGUAUGAAAUCCGGGAGUCUGAGCCUGACAAAACUAGCAACGACAAUGUCAAAGGAGCAGACGUUUCGCUGGUCGAAAUUGGUCCACGUUUUGUCUUAACUCCAGUGGUCAUUCUCGAAGGGAGCUUUGGUGGGCCAGUCAUCUUCGAGAACAAACAAUUCGUCAGCCCUAACCAGCUACGUCGGGAGACAAGACUCCGCCAUGCCCAAAAGUAUGCAAGCCGAAGAGGCGAGGCCGAAGGCCUUGCGAUCAAGCGAAAAUCACUCGGGUUGAACACUGGAGCGAAAAGGAAAGCUUCUGCUCUUGGAAACACGACACUGUUUGGGUAG